AUGGCCGCGUUAGCCGUUCUCCCCUCGGAGCUGGACGCUGCUGAGGAAGCAGCCCUUGCUGCUGCAGCCAAGGAGGACUUGCAGAAAGGUUCCCUCCGGGAGCUGGCGAAGCCUCAGUCCUUGGCGAACCUUCCCGCCUCCGAGCCCGAAUCGUUUCGGAAGGAAUCAGAGACCGUGUCGCAUUCUUCCUUUGAAUCGCGUUUGCGGCGCGGCAGCAAGAACAAGGCAGAUGACAAGAAUGAGUUCGCGGUCAGCGACUCUGCGGCCGAUUCGAAAUCUGCGGCCUCCAAGCUGCCAGUUCCACAGCGAGAUCCAGCCCUGGUGAAGCUGCUGGGCGAGAUUUGUUCCAGCAAGGAGCUAUCGCGGAUGCAGAUGUUACUCGGUGCAUGCCAUGCAAAGGACGAUUAUGGUGGGGUGGACACGGUGACUGCUUGUAUGGUCGCCAUCCUCGACCAUUAUGUACAGCAGUGUACGGACAAGGAUUCUGCGAGAAUCCACGACCUGCUUCCUCUCAUGCCGCAGCUGCAGAAGCUUGUGGAGGGCGACGAGGAUGGGCAGAUGGUCGAAGGCGGCGUUGGAGGCGCAGCCGCCGGUGAGCCGCCUCCACAGCAGGUGACUCGGGAGGAGGUGCGUGUUCGGGCAUCUCGCGUGCUCCUGCGCCUGGCAAAGGAGGCCAACCACGAGGCCACCCGAGAGCCGCCACAGUUGGAGGCUUUCGGCCCACGUGCUCAUAUUCUCGAGGUGCUGAUGCGACACUCUGAAGCUUGCCAGGUGGGUGCUAGCGGCCAUGUCUCGCAGACGCAGGAACACUGUCAAGCGCAGGGCGAUCACAUCGCUGCUGGUGGCUUGGCCAAGGAGCCGUGCGUCAAUCAGGAGACUUUGCAGGAUUUCUGUGCGCAGCUGGGGAAGCUUGCAGAGAGCCGCUGCGCACUCGGCCUCAAGAUGGACGGCCUUCGGAACGGCCUGGAGGUGCGAAGUUGCAUGACCACUCAUGGAAUCUCCCAAAAGCAGUUUGGAGAGGACAGCAUCACGGCUACUGAGAUUGAUGUCAGCUCCACCGAAGACGAGUCGUCGAGGAGAAGCCCAUGUUUGCUUCCAGCACCAGCCGUAGCUGAGGCUCCUCUCUUGGAUGAGUCGGUUCCACAGCUUCCUCCCUCGCCACGUCAUACUACCAGCUUCAGCUCUGCAGCUUUCUCCGGAGAAGUUGCGGAUCUAACUGCAGCCGAACCGCAGCAAACGCUGAAGGACGAAGAAGAGCUCCCUUUGAGCUUGAUGUUUGCAGCUUGCCUUACUUCCACACCUCGGCUUAGCCCUGCGACUCUUGGAAGCGACAGCGAUGUCGUGGAAAUACCGAUUCCGCAAGAGCUGACUCCCAAAGUCAAGCGAGGACGCCAUUUGAUUGCCUCGCCUCAGGAGACAGCACUCACAAAGGCCAGGCCACGAUUGACAUCGCCCGAUCACGGAACACCCCGGAAGGCAACACCCAAGAAAGCGACACCGGAGAAGGCGACGCCGAAGAAACCAACGCCGAAAAAGGCGACGCCAGAGAGAGCGACGCCGGAGAGGGCGACACUCAAGAAGUUGACGCCCAAGAAGUCAACGCCAGACAGGGCGAUGCCCAAGUCGGAGCCCGAGAGGGCAUCCCUGAGUAGGCGGGGUAGAUCGCUUGAAGCUCGGGCAAAGGCCAAGCCCCAGAAGCGAAAAACCUUGGCCCAGCGCCUGCAGGACAGGCAAAAGACCGCCAGGCAGGCCAAGAAGACCGUGGACAAGGGCAUCAAGGCACUCUCAAAAGCCGAGGCCUACAAGGCGAAGGUUGAAAAGACCGAGCAGCUUCUGGCAGACACGAUCCGUGGCGACCGGAAGUUGUAUGAGAAGCUACUGCGUUUCGAAGUCAUGGAGAUAGAGGAGCUGUCCAAAAAGAUUCGCUUAGCGAAUGAAGAGCUGCGUUCUGUCGGCCGGAAGCGCAUACGGGACUUCCUGGAGGCCCAGGGCUUCGUGGUCACACAACAGAAGAAGCUUCCAAGAGAGGUCUUCGAGAAGAGCAUGUUCCGCGGAUACCGAU